CUGUCAAAGAAGUACUCGUUUUCCUCCAAAUCGUCUGAUCCUAGCUUUCUGCCCAGCUGUGCUUUGCCUAUAGUCAUACAUCUACGAUAGUAGAGCCUUCGUCUGGCUAUGUUUGCUAUUGCAGUCUAGCAAGCAGCCACGACCACGGGGAAUAAACCGAGUUCAAGAAACGGCCAAGGUUGUCGCGGCACUCUCAAAUGUAACUGUCCCACCUCUCAACUCUUGAAGCUCACAAGAUGAAGCGCUCACGCGAGCCUGAAGAAGAGGCGACAGCUGUAGAAUCACCGGCGGCCUAUACGGAUGACACCGCCAGUACGUCCUCGGAAACAGCGCAUAUUCGCGUCUCGAAAUUUGCAGAGCUUGAUGGGUCUGCGAUAGAUGACUCACAUUCAUCAGUGGCCAUGAGAUGUUCUCUGCCAGGGCACAAGGAGCCAUUGGUGUUCAAAUCUUAUAUCGAAUACGAAGCACAUUACUCAAAAACGCACACGAACCGAUGUGCUGAAUGCAGAAAGAACUUUCCUUCUGACCGCUUCCUGGAUCUGCAUAUUGAGGAAUGCCACGAUGCCUUCGCUGCUGUCUUGAGGGAGAAGGGUGAACACACUGUGAGUUUAGUCCACUUACAUCACCAAUGUGACUACGGUUUCCUGACUUUUUCCGAGUAUUCCUGCUUUGUUGAAGGCUGCGAUCGCAAGUGUGGAACCCCACAGAAGCGGCGCAUGCAUCUUAUUGACAAGCAUAUGUAUCCCAAGAAUUACUUCUUCGCAGUGACCAAAGAGGGCAUUGACGGGAGAGAUUCGCUACUGCUAGAGGGUGGCCAUCACCGCAGAAGAUCGUCCGCAAGUCAAGCUGGUGUGCAGAAGACCGCUUCCAGACGACAAAGCCUACGACAGCCAGAAGGAACAGAGACAGUCAUCGAAGCCGAGCAAUCAACAUCUGAAAAAGACUCGGAAGCAACACAAGUGGGAACAAAAGUAGACGGAAAAGACGCCGACACGGACAUGGCCGAUCUGACUAGUGCUAUGUCCACUUUGCAGUUUGUGCCGACAAGUGUUCGGUUUGGAAGGGGGAAGAGCAGGACGGGCUUUUCCAGAAGAUGAAAUUCUACUCGGAUACAUUCUAAGUGACUACGACAGUCAUAUACUGGCAGAUGGCCGAAUGACUUAUGAGACACCAAGAUGAAGUCAAUACACCAACAAGACUAGUCCUACCAUGUUGAUAUGCCCAACUU